CAGAGUGGUGGCAUCUACUGGGGUUAUCAGCCAGGGCAGAGUUAAGUUUGAGAGUGCUGCGAUUUGACCAAACCGGAAUGACGGAGCGCGAAACGAGGCUGUAGCCUACGGAACACCAGCACUGACAGAGACCCGUGGGAUUAAAAUCACUUUCCUUUAGUCAGUUGUCAAGCGUUCGACUGCUUGUCUGGACAUAACAAACCAAGAGUGAAUAUAGAAAUAAACUAGAAGGAGCCAGUUUUACGCUCUGCGUCUCGCUGUCAAAAAUUAGCGACUCUUUCGGAGAAACUCUGCUGGUGCCCGAAACGGUAACAGGGGCUGACGGAACGACUUGUGCUUCUAUCUCCAGUGGAUGCUAAACCAUGGAUUAAUCCAGUUUAAGGGGUCAAUUGAUCCAUACUGUCACUUCAAAUAGACGUCAACUUCAGUCUGUCUGUGAGAAAAUAUAGUAAACCAACCUUGUGUGGAUUGUAUGCUGAUUUGGCAGCAGUGUUCCUCCAAAACUCAAGAUGACUGCAGGAUAUUUGUUAAGGUCAUUGCUGCUGCUCAUUUUAGCGCUCUUCUCUGCAAACGCAAGCAACUGGCUUUACCUGGCCAAGCUGUCGUCGGUGGGCAGCAUCUCGGACGAGAAGACGUGCGAGAAGCUGCGCGGGCUCAUCCAGCGGCAGGUGCAGAUCUGCAAGCGCAACCUGGAGGUGAUGGACGCCGUGCGGCGCGGCGCGCAGAUCGCCAUCGACGAGUGCCAGUUCCAGUUCCGCAACCGCCGCUGGAACUGCUCCACGCUGGAGACGGUGCCCGUGUUCGGCAAGGUUGUCACCCAGGGCACGAGAGAGGCUGCGUUCGUGUACGCCAUCUCGGCAGCAAGCGUAGCGUUUGCGGUGACGCGGGCCUGCAGCAGCGGGGAGCUGGAUAAGUGUGGCUGUGACCGUAAUGUUCAUGGCUUCAGUCCCGAGGGGUUCCAGUGGUCUGGCUGCUCUGAUAACAUAGCCUAUGGCGUGGCCUUCUCCCAGUCGUUUGUGGACGUCAGGGAGAGAGGGAAGGGCCAAUCAUCCAACCGGGCACUCAUGAACCUUCACAACAAUGAAGCGGGCAGGAAGGCCAUCCUGAACAACAUGCGCGUGGAGUGCAAGUGCCACGGGGUGUCGGGCUCCUGCGAGCUCAAGACCUGCUGGAAGGCCAUGCCGCCCUUCCGGAAGGUGGGCAACGUCAUCAAGGAGAAGUUCGACGGCGCGACGGAGGUGGAGCAACGCAAGAUCGGCACCACCAAAGUGCUGGUGCCGCGCAACUCGCAGUUCAAGCCGCACACGGACGAGGACCUGGUCUACCUGGACCCCAGCCCGGACUUCUGCGACCACGACCCGCGCACGCCGGGCAUGCUGGGAACGGCCGGCCGCCACUGCAACAAGACGUCCAAGGCCAUCGACGGCUGCGAGCUGAUGUGCUGCGGCCGGGGCUUCCACACGGAGGAGGUGGAGGUGGUGGACCGCUGCAGCUGUAAAUUCCACUGGUGCUGCUACGUCAAGUGCAAACAGUGCCGCAAAAUGGUGGAGAUGCACACCUGCCGGUGAUUCCGCCCCCCCCCCCCCGGGCACCCUGGCAGAUCCUUUUUUUUUCUCCGGAGGGGACGCUCCCUAAUCCCCCCCACAACUACCCAACCCACCCCCCACACCCGACGUCCCAUCUUACUCGUCCAAGGAGACACAGACAGACAAGAGGGGACAAAAAUCCCCCUGGGGAAAGUGGGAUGCUCUUCCUAACAUUUUAACAUGUGCUAGAGGAACUUGGCGUUCAAUACACGGGACACAUUACAAGCAAGAUUUUUGGAAUUGCUUAAGUCCCAGUGAGAGUUCUAUUUUUGUCUAUCUCUCUCCUUUCACACUUUAAAAAAAAAAAAUGUGGUCGCUCUCUUAUUUUUGUAUUUUUUUUAACUUAUUUAAGUGUAUUAGAGAGUAAAACCUGAUGUGACAUUAUUCCCAGGGCUGUGGCUUUGGGGCUGGGGUGCCAUUGGAUGGACAUUGACAAACAUUUUGGGGGAUGGGGGGUUGUUCAGAGGGCACAUAGCCAAUGUAUGUGUGUGUGUGUGUGUGUAUGUGUGAGUGAGUGAGUGAGUGUAUGUGUGUGUGUGUGUGUGUGUGUGUGUGUGUGUGUGUGUGUGUGUGUGUGUGCGUAUGCGUGUGUGUAUGCGUGUGUAUGUGUGUGUGUGUGUUUGUUUAUGUGUGUGUGUGUGUGUGUGUGUGUGUGUGUGUGUGUGUGUGUGUAUGUGUAUGUGUGUGUGUGUGUGUGUGUAUCUGUGUGUGGUUGUCUAUCGGAGGGGUUUGGAGUAACCAUAUGGGAGGGAGGUUUGGUGGGGUUUUAUUGUUGAUGCUGCUUUAGGAACUCAUCUGGAGAGAUGGAAACCAAGGGAAUACCCAAGCGGACUCAAUAAGGGAUAGCACACACAAAAUGAAAGCAAACAAAAAGAAGAAACCUAUACUUCGAGACGCAGUCCAAGUGUACAUUAAUCUUCCGCUCAUUAAGGCAUCAGUAGCGUGUUUAGAUGCAUGUGGCCAAUAGCUCACACAGUGGACACCACAUUGCUGCUAUGCAUUUGGAAAUCAAAUGUAGAUAAACCACAGUAGUGGCUUGCCAUUCUCUGAGAGUGCUAUGGAGUUAACCUGUUCUCUGCCACAGACACUAGGGUUAACUGUAAGCGUGACAGGAUGGGCAAAGGCAUUUGUUUUUGUUGCAAAGUGUCAGAGUGGAAAAACCCAGUGGCCCAUGAGUGGUAUCACAAAUGCCUUCAGAAGAGAAGUGUUAGUCUGUUGGCAGAGGACAGCGAGCAUUUUAUUUCCACAUUUAGAGAAUGCCAAUUAAACUGUAUCGAGCAAGCAGCACCUGCCUUUUCAAGCGUCAGUCAUGCAAGCAGAAGCUUUUCACUGGUAGGUUGGUUGAUUAAGGGUGGUUGGACUAUGGGCCAUAACUUUAGCACUUUCCCUCUCCGGACGCACAUACCACAGAAUAAAACAAAUCCCAAGCAUUCCCUAUUCCCAGUGCGGGGUGGAUUGACUGACUGAAUUAUUCAUGGCAAAUAUGUACAACUACCAUAAUUCCAGCUUUUCUAUAGUAACAAUGUUAUACAGUAUGCUUUUUAAAGAAACAUAGAUCUGUUUAAGACUUAUACACUGAAGAAGACUAUAUUGCAUAUGAAUGUAUGUAAAAUUGAAAUAUAUGCUGUGUCAAAGAAAAUAGUUUUUUUGUGAUAUUUCUUCCUAAUCUGGAUGUAAUAAUGUUAUCACUGUUAAAGUGGAAAAUCAGGAAGAAUGGAAA